GGAUCAAAUACCAGAAACAUCACCUUACAAUUUGAGCAGAAGUGGUUUACCUAUAUAUAUUUAUAACCCGAAAUAUGACCGGUAGAUGAGCAGAAGUAGAUGGGCACUGGUGGUAAGUCGUAUUGCAAGAAAAUAAAUAUGUGGGUGUAGACACAUCAUUCGGAUUUAGAUAUCAGGUAUUGAUUCCAAGAAAAUGAAGUGAGAAUCUGGAGAUGGCAGAGUUACCAGGAUAUGUUCGUUACUGCUUGCACACAUGCAAACUAGUCCUUUUGGCCAUUUUGGUCUCUGGAGGAAUCGUCUUGCAAAUUUUGGCAUGUUCCUUGUUUAAUAAUUGGUGGCCAAUGCUAACUGGGUCAGAAAGUUCUUUAUUUUCUGAUUCAGAUAGCAGGUGGGUGAAUGCAACCAAGUUUUUAACUGGAGCCUCAGCUGUUGGAAGCAUUGCAAUUCCAGCUAUACUAAAGCAUUCUGAUGUUAUUGGUUGGGGAGCACUUGCAAUGGAACUCUCUUCCUUCUUUGUGUUUGUAUUGGCCAUAAUGUGUUACAUAAAGAUGAGUGAUGAAGAUGGUUAUAGUAGUAUUCUUUGAGAUGGAGUGGGACUUGCUUUGUGGGGGAAAAAUGCAUCUAUUCUCUUGCUUUGUGGGGGAACAAUAUAGUAGUAUUCUUUGAGAUGGAGUGGGACUUGCUUUUAGCAAAUCUUCGAAACUUUGCACACAAAAACUAAUCAUUUAAAGGUAAGUUUAAGAGAUUAACAUCUUCGUAACUAAUAUUGUUCUAUGUGACCAAAAUGAUCCAAGUUUCUACAACAUGCACCACAUUGUAUUGGUAAUUCUAUA